CAGAUAACACGGCCCAGCGCCAGGACUUUCCGAGUAGCCGAGAAAAACAUCUACACGUCCUUAUUUGGACAUGUGGAAAGAUUUUAGGUGGCGGUUAAAAGCAGGCUUUCACAGGCUGGGGUUUUCACAGCGCUUCGCAGAGGGUCCGCUGGUAGCACACAGCUGACCUUUUCCGACCUCUCAGUUCUCUCUGCAGAGGAACAAGCAGUUGUGUUCGUGUGAACUCUCUGCCGUGAUUGAAGAAAAAGAGAAUACGCGACAGAAAUUGGCGUCACUCCAAGCAGGCAGGAAAAGCCGGGUCUGAAGCCGACAGGUGCCCGACUGCACCCAGCCCGAGACGACUCGUCACUGGUGGCCACAGGCAACGGAGACGCAGGACGAUCCGGAGCCUAAAGUGAAGCCAGGUGACCUGGUGUACGUCAAGGUGUUUAGGAGAAAGUGGGACCACGCCCGACGAGAAGGUCCCUAUACGGUGGUCCGAGCAACAUCAAGACCAGUACAAGUUGAAGGCUCUCCUACCUGGUAUCAUUUAAACCACUGUGUUAAAGCACCAGAGGGGGAAACAGGGUCAGUGACCAAAAAAGAGGAGGAUGAGUGGUCCGGAGAAGAAAAAGACAGUGAUCCUGGUCCUCCUGCUGCUGGUGGGGACACUUGGGGUGGUGCGGCAAUGCCUCAGACCAUCCGUGUCCUCCGAAGCAGGGGAACAGUUAAGACUUAGGAGAGAUGCAAACGGGUCAGUAGGGGCCAAGAGUAACAUAGGUAGACGUAGAGGGCCUGUAGGGAAAGAAUGGCCUAGGGUUAAUGUGUGGACCUCUAAUGGCCCUGGGUGGAGUUAUGGGGUGUGGACCACCUGGAGUGCCCAGAUGUCAAUUAUAGAGUGGGACUCGACUGCACACACAAUGAUCAUUUAUGUGUCUGUGGAUCAGGAGUCCCAGGAGCGGUUGUGUGGGAUAGAGUGGAUGGGCCAGCGCAUGUAUGAGUUCUCUACUUCCUGGGGGAAAGACAGGUGUUCCAUCAGUGUGAGAGAGGGAGAGACGGAGUCAGGAAAAGUAUGGGACAUUAGAGUAGGUUUUCGCAAUAGGAAACCUGAGAGUCCUAGAGUCAUCUGGUCUAAGAAUAAAGGAGGGAGUGCACACCGUGAGGUUGCAGCCCUACAGCCCCCACCAGGAAACAUCGUGGAGGAUGAGGAUGAGGUUCAGACUCAGCGGCCAGCCGGAUCAGCGACCAAAGAGCUCGUUGUUGCUUCAGCGGGGGCUUCAAUGCCGAACAGUGGUUCAGGCCUUUCAGGAUGGAUGCAGCAAGCUGUGUCAGGAUGGACUGAUGGGCUGAUCACAAAAUUACAAGGAUUUUUGUCAGAACAAGAUGAGGAGGAAGACGAGGAACAGGGUGAGAAUACUCUAGUGGAUGUGCGCCUGCAAAAUAGCUGGUACAGAUGGGUUCAGUUUGCGGGGUUGGCUAAUGGGAAGACUGAUUGUUACAUCUGUACUAAAGCCAAGCCUGAUAGGUUUUUUGUGCUAAAUACGAUUUUCAGUUGGCAGGAUUGUGAAAAGAGAUUGCGGGCAUACACUCAAAGUCCCAGACCCUGGUGUGAAGCAGAGUGUUUACUGUAUUUAGGUUCACCCUCUUUCCAGGCAUCAGUUGAUUUUUACGCCCACGGGAAGACCAACGUUCAGCGCUGUGAAGACUUAAAUGUCAGAAUAGGACAGAAGAGCGCGCUAUUAGGUAUGCCAAAUAAUGCCCCUUUAAUUCCAAUUGGUCGUUUUGAAUGUAUUGAGCGCAUGGGUAUGGUGCCCUUAGGUAAAAUCAAGCGCAAGAUCUGCAGCCAUAGAUGGCAGGUCACGACCCUUAACUGCACAAAGCCGCACCUGAAGCCAGCUGUUCUAGUAUCAGGAAUGCUGAGACCGAUACUCGUUGCAGGAUGCCCCUAUUUAGAUCAAACCAUCGCACUAGCUGAUCAUUUCUGGUGGUGUGGAGGUCAGCACCUCUACGCAGUCCUACCUGUGGGAUGGGCUGGCAGGUGUGCUCGGGUGCAAUUAGCACAAGAGAUAAUUACAUUUAAGGGAGAAGAACAAGACAAGAAUGUCAGCAGCAGAAAUAAGCGAAGUUAUCAACCAGAUCCCAGAGUUUACAUCGAUGCCAUUGGACAACCCCGGGGGAUCCCAAACGAGUUCAAAGCUAGGAAGGAGAUUGCCUCAGGAUUCGAAUCUAUCCUACCUUGGAUUAGGACGAAUCGCAAUACCGAGUGGGUAACCUACAUUUAUUUUUCGUUGCAGAGAUUCAUUAAUUACACAGACGAUGCGUUAGGGGCUCUGGGAGAACAGGUGGGUGCAACAAGUGCAGUAGCGUGGCAGAAUAGGCAAGCACUAGACUGGAUCUUAGCAGAGAAGGGAGGAGUGUGUGCUCUCAUAGGUGAUGUGUGUUGUACUUAUAUUCCAGGACACACAGCACCGGACGGAGCCUUUACUGAAGCAAUGAAGAGACUCAGAGCGCUCAGAGUUGAGGUAAAAGAGGCGGCUGGCAGUGGGUCGGAUUUGAGCUGGACAAAUUGGCUGGAAAAUAUGGCUGGGGACUGGAAACAGGGGCUGAUUAAAUUGGGGGUAAUGAUUACUGUAGGAGUAGUUGUCCUAGGACUCAUCUUCUGUUGUUGCAUUCCGUGCUUGAGAUCGUUGGCGCUUAGAGCAGUAACCAAGCAGACGAUGCAGAUGGCAGUUAUUAAACAGAGAGUGAAGAGCAGUCAGAGUAGCAUAGGUAGUGAGGGAGGUGACCUCUUUCCAGUUCCUGACUGGAUCCAUAUCGGGCCCGAGGACGAGGAGGCGGAUGAGGACGGUGCCACCCCAUUAGCGUGAGGGCGGAGAGGAAGACUGGAGACGGCCUGAUAUGCACCACAACUAUCUAUGCACAUAUACACAUGCACAUAUAUACUCCACACACAGUUAAAGGCACACGUCUAUUCUGUAAAGUGCCACAGAUUAUCCACAUUGUUCAUGUAUUCACAUUGUUCAUGUACUGCAUUAAUGUUCUUGUAACCAGAAAAAUGACAAAUGUAUGCUGUGGUGUGUAGCAUUGGUUGCCACUAUGUAUCUGAAUUAUUCUGACACAAUGUAGCAGAAGUUUGUACCACAUGAUGUAUGUUUUUGUGUUGUUUUAAGGUGGGGGACCGGAUUCACCUGAAAAGGCAGUCCUCUAAACUAAUUUGGGCGUGAGGUAAAACAGGUUUAAAUUGCGUAGUCUUACUAAUAGGGUUAAUUAGGUUAAUUGGCCUUAGCUUUAAUGGACAUUUAUCUGUCCAUUGAGGGGGAAGUUUGUAGUAAAAUUGAUCAUUGCUUAUGAGAGAAGUACAGAAAGUAGAUGGGUUCGUGUGUCCUCAGUGACUGGGGUGAAAGGGUUUGCUUAAACUGGGUUCGCAGAAUCUAUGUUCGCAGAAUCUGUUGCGUAAACUGUUUAUUCAAGCUGUUCCUAAGGAAAUAUUCAAAAUGUCACGCCGACCUGGGAGCUGGACAGAUAACACGGCCCAGCGCCAGGACUUUCCGAGUAGCCGAGAAAAACAUCUACACGUCCUUAUUUGGACAUGUGGAAAGAUUUUAGGUGGCGGUUAAAAGCAGGCCUUCACAGGCUGGGGUUUUCACAGCGCUUCGCAGAGGGUCCGCUGGUAGCACACAGCUGACCUUUUCCGACCUCUCAGUUCUCUCUGCAGAGGAACAAGCAGGUGAAUUCGGUCUCUGCUUCUCUUGCUAUUACUCUUUUGUAAACAUUAUCUGAUUGUGUUAAUUUGUCAUAUAAUAAACCUGUAUGCUAUUGAUUUAAACUUCAAA